AUGGGAGUCAACACGAUCGUCUUUUGCUACCGCGCUCAGGCUGUUCUUGCCGUCUUUCUGUUAUGGGGUAUAUUUCUCCUCAACGGCACGCUUAAAGCACUCCUGCUAGCUGCGUGGCACGGCAAGUUAAGCGACGAUGUGCCCCUGAAGAAUGACUACACAGGGGUCUUCGUCGUCGAUUACCUUCUUGCUCUUCUUGUUGCUUUCUUCUACUACGCCACGAACGGCUCCGACGAAGGGUAUCAGCUCCUGGUAUUCGAGGGCUAUUCCACCUUGCAGUCUGCCUUCGUUUGGCUGUACGUGGAGAUGGCCCGACCCGGCCAAAAGCCAGGGUCCAUUGAACGACCACUUAUCUUCGGGAUACUAUGGCAGUGCGCCGGCGCCGGCAUAGCACUACCGCUCUACUAUGCCCAUCAUAUCCUUUGGAUCGACAGCAGCGACAUCUUGCGGGUCCGCAACGUCGAUGCCGCCCGGGCAUUACCGUUCAGUUUUCUGCUAGGGGCAAUCUUUCCGGCUGUCUUGGGCAGUGCGCCGACGUGGAACGGGCCUGAUUCCCGCACACCCGAAGUCCACCAAAAACUCCUCGCUGCCUGGCAGCCGGAUCCUAUCUGGGUCUCAUUGAUCCAGUAUGUUUUAACAAAAAGCUCUGCAGGAUUGCGCAGCCGAGGCGAAGUCCACCCUAAUGCUCAGUUGUGGAUUCGGACGGCAUACUUGGUGUCGGCUGCAUCUUCCGCACUCGGCCAUAUCUAUACCAUGGGAAGGAUUUUCCUUAGUACCGACGAGGGAACGAACUUGGUACGUAUGUGCUUACCAUUCCCGUUCACUGGUCCUUCCGGGGUCCCCGAUAUCCUGGCACGCGGGCCCUGGCUAUAUCUGCAAUACGACAUUCUCAGCUUCGACGCCGCCAGCCUAUCGUGGGCGUUCAUUUUGUUGACGAGGAUGCCCAACGGUCCGCGGAUCUCGAAACUUGCUCUAGCAGUUCUGUUGCUGGCUGGCUUUGUUACGAUUGGCUCGGGCGCUACUGUAUCCCUGGCUCUGUAUGUCCGGGAAGGUAUGCUGCCCGAGAAGGCGAAAGAUGAGCGGUAG